AUGUCAUCCUUUGGCGCAGGGAUGCCCACCGUGGCACGCGGAAUUUUGUCCUCCGCCCGCUUACCGCUGCGUGAGAAGUCCAUUGUCCCGACUUUGGCUGGUCUUCAGCAGGUCCGCGGUCUGAAGACUCAGAAGAAGGACAAGGGCAAGAAGGGAAAGAGCGAGGUCAAGCCAUCCCGUCGUGCACCCCUCGAGUUCCGACAGGGAAAUCUCAAGGAUCUUACCCAGUACACUCUGUGUGAUGCUAUGCGCUUCAUUCGAGCCAUUGAAGUCGGCCGAGAGCGUACCGUUUCGAAAUAUGAAGUUGCCAUCCGUAUGCGAACAAGGAGAGACGGUCCCGUUAUCCGAAACAUGAUUCGAUUCCCCCAUGCAGUCCAGACUGAAUCCCGCAUUUGUGUCAUCUGUCCCCCAGGAUCAAAGCAGGCAAAGGAUGCGCUCGCAGCAGGUGCUGUUCUUGUCGGAGAAGAGGAAGUCUUUGCCGCCGUCAAGGCUGGCAAGAUCGAGUUUGACCGGUGUCUUGCUCACCCCGACAGUUUGCCAGCACUGAACAAGGCCGCAUUGGGUCGUAUCCUUGGUCCUCGUGGUUUAAUGCCCAGCGUGAAGACAGGUACUGUUGUUGAAGAUGUGGCCUCUCGUGUUGAGAUGCUUCGUGGUGGUACUAUCUACCGUGAACGUGAUGCGACCAUUCGCCUCCCCUAUCGGACAAGCAUCAAGAAGGAUGCUGCUGGUCUCAAUGAUCGCAUCAACAAGGAGAUCUAUGAAGUUGUCUUGAGCUCAACCCACGGUCCCGGCUUCAGCCUCAACGGAGAAUUCAAGACCGAUGACUCUCCUGAAACCUCUGCCUUGUCUGGCUUGUAA